AGGCCGGGGCCUACGAGGAGCAGCCUUCUCUCCACCAGAGGACAGAGAACCGCAACCUUCAUCUCAGAGGUACGGUGCUAAGCGCUCCCCAUUCGGCCCAGCCCAGCCUGCUUUGGCGGCGCCUUCUUCCUCCUUCCCUCGCUCUUUCGCUCACCCGCUCGCGCCUUCCCUGCCUGCCUGCGUCACCGCGGCCGCCAUGGCUGAGAACGGCGAGAGCAGCGGUCCCCCGCGCCCUUCCCGCGGCCCUGCUGCGGCCCAAGGCUCAGCCACUGCCCCGGCGGAACCCAAAAUUAUUAAAGUCACUGUGAAGACCCCCAAAGAGAAAGAGGAGUUCGCGGUGCCUGAGAAUAGCUCGGUCCAACAGUUUAAGGAAGCGAUUUCUAAACGCUUCAAAUCCCAAACCGACCAGCUAGUGCUGAUUUUUGCUGGAAAAAUAUUAAAAGAUCAAGAUACCUUGAUCCAGCAUGGCAUCCAUGAUGGACUGACUGUUCACCUCGUCAUCAAAACCCAGAAUCGACCUCAGGGCCAGUCCACUCAGCCUAGCAAUGCCGCUGGAACCAAUACUACCACAACAUCGACUCCCAGGAGUAACUCCACAUCAGUUUCCACAAAUAGCAACCCAUUUGGAUUGGGGAGCCUGGGAGGCCUUGGAAGUCUUAGCAGCCUGGGCUUGAGCUCAACCAACUUCUCUGAGCUCCAGAGCCAGAUGCAGCAGCAGCUUAUGUCCAGCCCUGAGAUGAUGAUCCAAAUCAUGGAAAAUCCCUUUGUUCAGAGCAUGCUCUCGAAUCCCGAUCUGAUGAGGCAACUCAUUAUGGCUAAUCCACAGAUGCAACAGUUAAUUCAGAGAAACCCAGAAAUAAGUCACCUGCUUAACAACCCAGAUAUAAUGAGGCAAACCCUUGAAAUCGCCAGGAAUCCAGCCAUGAUGCAAGAAAUGAUGAGAAAUCAAGACCUGGCUCUGAGCAAUCUCGAAAGCAUCCCAGGUGGCUACAAUGCUCUCAGACGCAUGUACACUGAUAUUCAAGAACCUAUGCUAAAUGCUGCACAAGAACAGUUUGGGGGCAAUCCAUUUGCUUCAAUAGGGAGCAGUUCCUCUCCAGGGGAAGGUACACAGCCUUCCCGCACAGAAAAUCGAGAUCCACUACCCAAUCCAUGGGCACCUCCACCGGCUACUCAGAGUUCUUCUACCACCAGUACCACCACGAGCAGUGGGAGUGGAUCAGGCUCCUGUAAUACUACUGGGAACACCAUGGCUGCAGCCAAUUAUGUCGCCAGUGUCUUCAGUACUCCAGGCAUGCAGAGUCUGCUGCAACAGAUAACUGAAAACCCCCAGCUGAUCCAGAAUAUGUUGUCAGCACCCUACAUGAGAAGCAUGAUGCAAUCUCUGAGCCAGAAUCCAGAUCUGGCUGCACAAAUGAUGCUGAAUAACCCUCUGUUUGCUGCAAAUCCUCAGCUUCAGGAGCAGAUGCGUCCACAGCUCCCAGCUUUCCUGCAGCAGAUGCAGAAUCCAGACACUCUAUCAGCCAUGUCAAACCCAAGAGCAAUGCAAGCGUUAAUGCAGAUCCAACAAGGGCUACAGACAUUAGCCACUGAAGCACCUGGUCUCAUUCCAAGCUUCACUCCAGGGGUGGGGGUGGGGGUGCUGGGAACGGCCAUAGGUCCUGUAGGCCCAGUCACUCCCAUAGGCCCCAUGGGCCCCAUAGUCCCAUUUACCCCCAUAGGUCCCAUUGGGCCUGUAGGAUCCACUGGCCCUGCUGCCUCUCCCAUCUCUGGUGGCCCCCCUGGCCCUGGCGUACCCACUGCGUCUACAGUAUCUAGCUCUGCAAACAGUGAAACCACGAGUCCAACAUCAGAAUCUGGACCCAAUCAGCAGUUCAUUCAGCAAAUGGUGCAGGCUCUGGCUGGAGCAAAUCCUCCACAGCUGCCAAAUCCAGAAGUUAGAUUUCAGCAACAGCUGGAACAGCUCAAUGCAAUGGGGUUUUUAAACCGGGAAGCGAACUUGCAGGCCCUUAUAGCAACAGGAGGCGACAUCAAUGCAGCCAUUGAGAGGCUGCUGGGCUCUCAGUCAUCUUAAUUACACUUCUGUACCUUGGAAAAAAUGUAUCUUAUUUUUGAUAAUGGCUCUUAAAUCUUUAAACACACCCGUGCUUUACUAUCAUUUUGAUUUUUUUUAUCUGUCAAGUUAUAAAUCUAAUGUGAUGCAUUUUAAGGUGGUCAGUCCCUUCUCUCCCUUUCCCCUCUCCUUCCCUUCCUCCCCCUCCCCCUCCCCUUUUCUUUUCUUCCCAUCUCUUCCCUCCUGACUUGUGUUUCCUUCUUUCUCUGUUGUGAAUGGCGGGAAUCAAUGCUGUUUCACUCAAAAGAGCUGCAUGCAAACACUUCUCUAUUCUGCAUUGUGAUUUUUGGAAACUGAUAGCGGCCUUCACAGUUGGUUGAACAAGUUCUGUCCUACAUUUGUCCAGUUUAUUUGCAUUUUAAACAUUAGCCUAUGAUAGUAAUUUAAUGUAGAAUGAAGCUAAUAGAAGCAAAUUAUUUUAAGCUCUCUAAUUUGUGGUACAAUAUUGCUUAUUGUGAGUUUGGCAUGUAUUUUUGCUAGCAAAAUGCUGUAAGAUUUAUACUACUUGCUGACCUUUUUUGCUAUAUUUGUACACAGUACAGUAAGCACAAUUGGAACUGUGCAUCUUUUAGAAAUAUUACACUUGAUAAGCAGAAUAAGUGUAACCAAAAUAGGAAAGAACACAUAUUUCUGAAACUACAUAUUUCUUCAAUUUUGUAGAAUCUUACAGCAUCAUUGAUAAAUUUCCCAGUGGAAAUGUUGGCUAGGCAAGUUCAGUUAAAAAUAUAGUAGAAAUGUUUAUCCUGGUUAUCUCUCUUAAAUAUAUACUUUUAAUUGUACAGAACAUUUACAGUGUAACCUUGUGUCAGCAUUCACAGAUUGACUGUUUAUAAUCUUAAUCUUUGUGUAACCUGAAGGCUCAGUGUAGUAAUGCCAGGAUAGUACUUUUACUUAUUAAGGCUUUCUUCUCAGGUUCUCCCAUAAAGAGAUCCUAAUAUGCAUUUUGAUUUGUAAUUGGAAAUGUAACUUUUGCUGAAAAUGUCAUGUGAUGUUUGAAGUAUUUUAACUGCUAUGUAUAAAGGAAACUGUAUCUUU